AGCCAUCAUCGCGCGGUCUGUUCGUCGUUGCUAGAAUCGGCAAAAAAACGCAGUGAAACCAUGAGCCAGCACUAGAAAAUAUCGUCAGAAUCUGGCCUGUGCGUGGACACUACUCGGUGGCAGGUUUGCGGACCGCCGAAAUCCGUCUGUGGAUUGCAAUUCUCGUUCGAAGUGUUGGCUGUGAACAGUUUUUCCGAAGAAAAGGGCUUGGAGGCGUAGAAAACAGCGAACGGAAGGAAUAAUAAGAAGUGCAGUUUUUCUGGUUGAAAUUACAGGAAGAGAAGCACAGGGAAGAAGGUUGGCUGUGUGAAAUCCAAAAUAGUGAAAUAAAAUUCAUUUAUUUUAAAGGUGUAAAGUGGUUUGGUAAAAAGCUAUUCUUUUUUACCUGAAGGAUUUUUUUUUGUGUCAAGUUGGGAGCAAACCGUACAGUUAUUUGGUGUAGAGGAACAGGGACAGUGCCAGUUUCCUGUAGGUUUUCAGCAUCUCGUGGGAGGAAGUGUGAAGGGUGUUAUCUCGAGAAGGAGUAACACCAACCAAAAUGAGUUCUAACAAUACAACCAGUAGCAGCACUACCAGCAGCAGUAGUGGUGGAGGAACCAAUAGCAUUGAAGCGGAAUACAACGACAUAGAAUCCCGCAAAGCUUGGUGCACAGUUUUUCAGGAAAUCCGUGAAAAGAGCGAACAGGAAGCACGGCAGAAGGUUUUCUCCACCGAUGAGUCAAAAAAGCUAGACAACCGACGGCUAAACCGGUACCGCGAUGUGUCCCCUUACGACCAUUCCCGAAUCGUGCUGAAACGUGGCGAGACAGAUUACAUCAAUGCCAAUCUGGUUAAGAUGGAUCGUGCUGAUCGAAAGUACAUUCUCUGCCAGGGACCGCUUCCGCUAACCGUGGGCCACUUUUGGCUGAUGGUGUGGGAGUACAACUCGCGGGCGAUCCUGAUGCUGAACAAGCUGAUCGAGAAAAAGCAGAUCAAAUGUCAUCUCUACUGGCCGGAAAAGAUGGGCGAAGAGCACAAGCUGGAACUGCCGGAGGUACAGCUGGCCAUCGAGUACUUGAAAUGUGUCGAGUACAAGAAUUUUUGCAAGCGAACUUUCCGAGUAACAGACUUGGAAUCGAGUAAAUCACGUGAAGUGGUACAAUUCCACUAUACGACUUGGCCGGACUUUGGCAUUCCUAGCUCGCCGGUUGCAUUUUUACAAUUUCUGAAAGAAGUUCGUGAUUCAGGGGCACUAGACAAGGAUGUUGGUCCUCCCAUAAUCCACUGCAGUGCGGGUAUCGGCCGGUCCGGUACGUUCUGCCUGGUGGAUUGUUGUCUCGUGUUGAUUGAUAAAGAAGGCGAAAAUAAAGUGUCCGUUCAGGAUGUUCUGCUGGAGCUGCGACAAUAUCGUAUGGGACUUAUUCAAACAGUGGAUCAGCUAUACUUUUCAUAUCAAGCUAUUAUUGAAGGAAUGAAACGAAUGAAUAACUCUUCUUUAGAAGACUUCGAAGAGCUGUCUGUGGUGGUGGCCAGCAGCCAACCAACAUCAGAUCAGGAUACAGAAAACGACGACACCCCACCGCCUUUGCCACCACCUCGAUCGCACUCGCUUACAAUCACCCAGAAGCCGUUGCCGUUAAUUCCGAACAGCGAAAGCGUCCACGAAGAUUUUAUCACCUGUCAGGAGCGAGAUAUGGUCAACAAUCUGAUGAACUUGGAGAAGAGCAAGCAAUACGAGAUUAGCAAAGAUCGACCCUUACCGCCUUUGCCGAAGGAGAGCCCAUUAGACAAGGUGCGUGAAGCGAACAGUUCCGAUGAUAGUGGUGCUUCCGGCAGCAGCGGCAGCGAAGCGGACGAUCUUAUCGAAGAAAUUGACACCGAGGAAGAAAACGGCGAAGACGAUGAGCAGAAUAAUAGUGAUAACAUUGAAAGUUCGGUGUUGGAUGAAACCACGAUAACCAGCAGCUCUUCGCCGAUGACCACGACGACAACAAGUGCAGCGGCUACGGCUGCCAGCAGUAACACAUCGACGCUGGAGUCGAAUCGAGGGGGAACCGCAGCCGAGAAAUCGUUCGAUGCGAAUGCGACCCUACCUCCGGUACCGAACGGUGUGGAUGGGAACAGUGCCAGUGCCGGUGAGGAGAGCAUUUCCAGCCCGGAACGGGAAAUGUCACCCAACGCGGAACUGCGUCGCCGGAAACGUCUCGAGCGUCAGACAGCCAUGGAGGAGAAGAUCCGCGAAAUUAAACGGAAACAGAAGGAGGUGGAAAACAAGGCGUCUCCGAAAAAACGCAGGUCAUUAUUCCUUACCAUCGCGGCCGCAGGUGUCUGCAUCGGUGUGCUGUGUGUCUAUCUGUACACCAGAAACAUGUAAUCACACCGAGCACACAGACUGCAGGUUAUUGUGCGUAUUUCAACAGUUUCUUUUGCGCUAUCAUUAUCGCCGCUACCGCUGGUUUCUGAGCUUUCAGGAAAUUUCAAGCGUAGUCUUACCCUAUCGGUUGCUCAAUUGUUCUCCCAAUGCGAGAGAACAAGUGAGCAACUUACUUAGGUUAUAGUGUGGAAGUUCAGAACCAGGUUAGCAAACUAUAGUUUCGUCAACGAUUAGAAACAGCAAGUAUAUACAACGGUGUUUUUAAUCUCUUAUCAAUCAUUAACUAAGAUAUAAUGAACGAAUAACCGUGUAGACAAAGUGGUUGAUGUUUAGAAGCGAAAUGCGCGAUAGCAAGAUUCUAUCAUUUUAGAAGUAGCGCAAGCAGGCAGUUCAGAAAACGCUUACUAUACCAGUGUAUUCUGUUAGUUUUUGAAUUUCUAUUCAUUCCAAGAAGACGACUUGCAGUGAACCAGAACACAAUAAUAGUGUAGAGGAGAAUAGAUCCAUUCUACAGCAUCAUACAUCCAUCGUCGACAACGUUCCAUCAAUCUUACACACUCAUUAAUCAUUCGAAAAACAAACAAACAAACAAAAAAACAAGGGACUGAUUGGAACGCAGGACAACCUGGAACACACGUGUAUAGACAGGUGUCCCUCAUAGUGAAACGUUUGGGCUUUAGCUUUAGGCUUAGAAUCAAUUCAUGCUUCACUUUAACACGCUCUUGUAACUACCUAUAUAAACUAUUCGGUUACCUAUUUACGCGGAACACGCCUACACUUAAAGGCAGUGUUUUCGGAACAUAUUUGGUUGCUGCGGCACCACGCAUAGAGAAUAUUUUGCAAAUUUAUCAAGCUAGAAUAUAGAUAUUAUUUAUGUGCAUUUGGAAAUUUUCGAAACCUUUGGUUCAAGUAUUCCGCUAGGUGCGGACUUUUAAACUACUGUAUUUAUAUUGAUUGCAACUCUGAUUUUUAUGCCGUUUUAGAAAUAUUAAUUUCUAUACUCGCGUGUGGCUUUUCCAAUCUUAAGCAUAUUUUGCGGGCGGCUUAAACUUUUGCGCGAGAAACAAACGUAUUGAUAGUGAUUCGACUGAGAUAGGAAAGCGAGAGAGAGAGAGAUACAGAUAAAUAUGAUAGGCUACGCGUUUUGAGGCAGUAAAGUAUCUGAUUUAGCAAAGUGAAGCCAUCCAAUUACGACGUAUCUGAAAAGAAGUAACCUUUGGAAAGAUGUGUGAUUACCGAACCUAUGUUUAACAGCAACGUCUCUUUCCAGUACCACAACUGUAACAACUAUCAUAGUGUGGAACAGAAUGAGUUAUCCGGCACAAGACAGGGAAGAGAGCUCUGCACUUUAUUUUGUUGAACAAUUGUUAACGUUUAAAUUACGGUUCAGGUAGGCUUAUUAGAAGUGAUCGAAAUGCAGCAAACAACAAAACUAUGCGGGAAAAGAAGAGCCAGAAGUUGUAUAUCGAGUUACGAGAAUAUCGUCCAUGUUUUAGAGAUAGAGAUUUACAUUUUUCUACCAAUGGAAUAUUUGAUUAUUUUUUAAAAUAAAAAUGUGUGGAUAACAAAACACAGCACUGUGAAAAAAUAUUAAUAUUUUACUAUUAUUAUUUUUUCUAUCGAAGAUCGAGGGCAGUUUAUCGUAUUAGAUCGUUUUUCGAAACACGAACGAAAUAUUCAGUGAACAUACAGAUACAGAGUAGGGAAACUAAGAGAAAUAGAAUAACUUCAAUGCUGAACUAUAUAUUAACAAACACACUGUAUAGAUGACUGUUUUAGAGAAAUUAAAAAAAUGAAAGAUAAA